AUGGCGCGAGGCAAACGUCAGAAGGUGGACGACGGCGAGGAAAAUGCCCUCGCGGUCUUCCAGGAGGGCAUGGUGCGAUGCGUGGUCGCCGCGAAGGGCGCGAAGCAACCCGGCAGCGUCCCCGGAUUUUGCAACGCGAAGAUGCGAGUGAACCGAGACGUGUCGGUGCUGGCCGUGGCGGCUGCCGCGAUGGAGCGGAACGAGCGAGAACCCGGUCUCCCCCUCAUGAAGUGCAUCGACGCCUUCACGUCCUCGGGCAUCCUCGGCCUGCGAUGGUGCGUCGAGUCCGCCGUCCUCUCGGGUUGCGACCUCGCCGUCACCAUGAACGAUCUCUCGAAAGACUGCGCAGCCCUCGCGACGCACAACGCGCUCGCAAACUUGAGCGAUGGGCACUCGCUCGACCCAAAAGCGGUCGAGCCUUGGGGAGAUUCGAAUCCCAUUGAUGCGCUGAAAAUACCAGGGACGAGGUGUGGGACGACCCACGUCACGGUCAAACCCGCCGGCGUCGCCCUCCACGAACAACCGCACGACUUCAUCCACCUCGACCCCUUCGGCUCGGCGGCGCCCCACCUCGACGCGAGCAUGUCCCGCGCCCCGCACCUCGGCGUGGUCGCCGUCACGGCGACGGACACCGCCGCGCUGUGGGGGAUAUACCCCGCGGUCGCCAGGAGGCACUACGGCGCCGAGUUGGAGGUUGGCGACGGCGAGGCGCAAAACAACAACCUCGGCGGCGCCGCGGGCCAAGCCCGUCGACCUCCCUGGUUCCGGGAGCUCGGCGUGAGGGUCCUGCUGGGCGCGAUGGCCCGCGCCGCGGCGAGGCACGACCGCGGGAUCGUCCCGCUGUCCUGCCUCGCGUCGGAUCACUUCGUUCAGGUUUGCGUUCGGGUGCAGAGGGGCGCGGCGGCGGCGGACCGUUCGUGCUCCGACGACGCCAUCGGCGCGUUUUGGCACUGCGACGUGUGCGAUUUAACGGCGUGCGGCGGCGGUAGAUGCGUCACCGGGGGCGGAGGGGAGGUCGGAGGUUCGAUCCCCGGAGGAGGCGGCGGAGGUCGACCGUGCGCGCACGCGCGUUCUCUGGGCCCGGGUUGGCUCGGCCCAAUCGGCGACGUCGAUUUCCUUCGACGUAUGGAGCGCUUGGCGGAAAAGUCGACAGCGCUGGCGAGGGAUCGGCGAGAGGCGUUCGCGUCAUCAGGCGCGUCACCUCGCGGCGGGGCCCCGGGCGGCGUGUACGAGGGCGCGGAGGGCGUACACCCGCGGACGCUGAAGCUAAUCAGGCGGCUCAUCGAGGAAGUGCGAGGUCCGCCGCUGUUCCGAAACGUGUCGAGGUACACCGGUGGCGGGGUGGAUCCGCCUCCGAUGGAUUUGGUCGUGGACGCGUUGCGAGACGCCGGGUACGUCGGAAGUAGCCGCACGCACUUCGACGCCGCCGGGGUUCGAACGGACGCGUCGCCGGAGGAGUUACGGAGGAUCGUGGGUGAGGUGGCGGCGAGGCGCGUCGGGGAGCGGUCGCGACGAGCGAGCGAGCGCGAGGGGAGCCCGGGGGAGUGA